AUGUCAUUGUGGGUUGAUAAGUAUCGGCCAAAAUCCUUGGAAGCACUUUCUCAUACGAAGGAGUUAAACUAUUUCCUUCAGUCCCUUUCAUCUGAGGCUAGAGAUUUACCUCAUCUGUUACUGUAUGGGCCCAAUGGUUCAGGGAAAAAGACACGGUGCAUGGCCUUAUUGCAAGCGAUUUUUGGGUCUGGUGUUUACAAGCUGAAGAUCGAUGUUAGGCAAUUUACUACUCCUUCCAAUCGCAAGUUGGAGCUCAACGUAGUUUCAAGUCCUUACCAUUUAGAGAUUACACCGAGUGAUAUGGGUAACAAUGAUCGUAUUGUCAUCCAAGAAUUGCUUAAGGAAGUAGCACAAGUAGAGCAAGUUGACUUUCAGACUGGUUCCGCGAGUGAAUCUGGUGGGCUUGCUCAUCGUUAUAAGUGCGUAAUCAUCAACGAAGCUGAUUCGUUAACAAGAGAUGCUCAGGCAGCAUUAAGACGCACAAUGGAAAAAUACUCCAGGAAUAUCAGAUUAAUAAUGCUCUGCGAUACGAUGAGCUCAAUCAUAGCCCCGAUCAAAUCCCGUUGCCUAUUAGUAAGAGUUCCUUCGCCAACAAAUUCGGAGACGAUCGACAUCUUAGAAAAGGUGUGUAAAGACGAGGGUGUUUCCGCGGAAGCAGAAAUCUUUAACAAGAUCGCAGACAGUUCGAAUGGAAAUCUAAGAAACGCUCUGCUGACCUUGGAAGCAAUGGCUCUCAAUAACGAAAUGUCUCUAAAAUCGACAAGCGCAAUAAUCAGACCUGACUGGCUUGUUGUGAUUCUAAAGAUGGCCAACCACAUUCUAAAAGACAAGUCGGUUGGCUGUUUGGUUGAGUGUCGCUCUACUCUUUAUGAUUUAUUAGCCCAUUGUAUCCCUGCAAAAACAAUUCUUCAGGAGCUGGCUUUCGCUCUUCUAAAGAAUGUUAACGACGACACUUUAAAGCUCGCAAUAAUGAAGUGUGCUAGUACAUUUGAUGAGAGACUGCGCCUGGGUAAUAAGCCCAUUUACCACCUAGAGGGUUUUAUAGCAAAAGUUAUGUGUGAAACUAGUUCAUAG